CUUGAUGUCAAUGGUUCGUCCAAUGGAUCCUUCAAUGGUUCCCCUGGAUCGCAAUUUCCAUCCCCGGAUGCCAAGGCAAAUUUGGGUUUAGCGUCACUGCAGCUGGGGGCGCUACCGGCCUUUUUCAGGUGCUAGGCUCUUCGGAAUACCACCGAGGGGGCCACCAUCCCCAUGGAGUCGCAGCAGUGAUGGAGGCCCGGGAGGGAAAGGCAGGGACGAGGGGGCGGAUGAGGCGCAAGCCUUUUUGGAUUUGAGCGCGGGGGGCGCCUUUAAACUUGCUGCCGAUCCCUCUUUCCCAGCGACGCCCCGACGCCCCAGGGACGCCAUCGACGACAGUGGCGAGAAGUUUGUCUCGCAGCCAUUCAUUUGAAUAAAAAUAAUAAGUCGCAGCAUCGCCCAAGAUGCACCCUCACUCGUUUCAGUCGCUCUUUACCUUGUCGGCGCUGCUCUCGGGCGCCAUUGCCGCCAUUCCCGCGGGCAAUGGCCAUGGCAAUGGCACGACCGAGGCAGACGUCGUGACGGUCGUGGUGCGAAAGACGGCGACCGUCUGCCCGUCGCCUCCCCCUCCCCCGCCGUGCUCGGCCGGCUCGGUGUCGUCUUCAAGCUCUUCCGUGGGAUCGUUUGUUCCCAGCAGCGUUUUGAGCAGCAUUGGAAGCUCGUCCAGCGGCGCGAGCUCCGCCGACACCACGGCUGUCUCCAGCGGGAACGUCUCAUCCGGCACCAGCGUUGUGUCAAGCACUGUCGUAUCGUCUGGCACCACUGCGAUUCCCACCUCGGACAUCUCGAGCACCGGUAUCUCGUCCAAGACUAGCGAUGUUUCCAGUGCGCCUAGCUCUUCUGCCGGCUCAACCAACACCACCGGUGUCUCCAGCACAGAAGUCUCCAGUACAGAAGUCUCCAGCACCUCUGCUUCGAGCACUGCCGCCUCGAGCACCAAUGUCUCCAGCACCACCGAUGUCUCGAGCCAGGUCUCCAGCACUGCCGUUUCCAGCACCGAGGUUUCCAGCACCGCCGUCUCCAGCACCGCCGUCUCCAGCACCGCCGUCUCCAGCACCGCCGUCUCCAGCACCGCCGUCUCCAGCACCGCCGUCUCCAGCACCGAUGUUUCCAGCACUGCUCCCUCCAGUACCGAUAUCUCCAGCACUGCCGUUUCCAGCACUGAAGUCUCGAGCACUACCGCCUCUAGCACCGAUGCCUCUAGCACCGAUGCCUCCAGCACCGAUGUCUCCAGCACUGCCGUUUCCAGCACCGAUGUCUCCAGCACUGCUGUCUCUAGCACCAAAUUGUCGAGCACCGCCGCUUCCAGCACUAUCGCCUCCAGCACCGAUGUCUCGAGCGCAAUUUCUAGCACUGCCGCUUCUAGCACAACGAUCACCUCUCAAACCAGCGCUGUAUCUAGCACGACUAGCACUUCUGCCAGCUCGACCACCCCGUCGAGCACCACCAUCGCCGCUCCGGCCUGCACCGAUUUCUGGCUUGACAGGAUCGCUCAUCAGGGCGUUGCCCCUUUUGCUGGCUCUGGCUACGAGGUCUACCGCAAUGUGAAGGACUACGGCGCCAAGGGCGACGGUGUCACCGACGACACCGAGGCCAUCAACCGGGCCAUCAGCGAGGGCGAGCGCUGCGGACCUGGUUGCACGGGCAGCACCAAGACACCCGGCCUGAUCUACUUCCCCCCGGGCACCUACAUGGUCUCGCGCCCCAUCAUCGACUUCUACUACACCCACUUGAUCGGCAACCCGGGAUGCAUGCCUGUGCUCAAGGCCACGGCCGGAUUCAUUGGCGACUGGCUCCUCGAUACCAACCCGUAUGGGCCGGGCGGCAAGCUUGCCUGGGGAGCAACCAAUGUGUUCUGGCGUCAGGUCGCCAAUUUUGUCAUCGAUGUUAGCAGCGUCCCGGCGAGUAGGCUCGUUAGGGGCAUCCACUGGCCCAGCUCCCAGGCGACCUCGCUGUCCAAUAUCGUCUUCAAGAUGUCUGAGGCUCCCGGCAACAAGCACCAGGGUCUCUUCAUCGAGGAGGGCUCUGGGGGCUACAUUGGUGAUUUGGUCUUCUAUGGUGGCGCCCAAGCCCUGUCCAUCGGCAACCAGCAGUUCACCAUGCGCAACAUCACCAUCAACAACGCCCAGACGGCCAUCCAGCAGCUCUGGUCCUGGGGUUGGACGUACAAGAGCGUCAGCAUCAACAACUGCGGGGUGGGCUUCGAUUUCACCGCUGCCAGUGACGCCGGCGCUCUCAACGUCGGUUCCAUCACGAUUCUGGACUCCGAGAUCACGGACACGCCUGUUGGCAUCGCCUUCGGCAGCGCCGGCGCGACCUCUCCCCCGGUAGCCAACAACUUUGUCUUUGAGAACAUCCGCCUCGACAACGUGUCCACGGCAAUCCGCGGGCCAUCGGGUAUCGUGCUGGAGGGUUCGACUGGUGCGUCCGUCAUUGAGGCCUGGGGCCGUGGCCACAAGUACUCGCCUUCGUCCACCGGCCCAACCUUCUUUGAGGGCUCCAUCACCCCCAACCCCCGUCCGGCCUCUCUGGCCCAGGGCACUGUCUUUUACGAGCGGUCCAAGCCUCAGUACGAGAACCUGCCUGUCUCGGAGUUUGUCAGCGCCCGUGACGCCGGCGCGGUCGGCGAUGGUACCACGGACGACACGGACGCGCUCAACCAGCUCUUCACCUCGGCCGCAGCGGCCAACAAGGUUGUCUUCCUGGACGCCGGCAUGUACCUGGUGACCAAGACCAUCCAGAUUCCCGCGGGCUCGCGCAUCUUUGGCGAAGCCCUGCCCGUGAUCCUCUCGUCCGGUGCCUUCUUCGCCGACGCCGCCAACCCCAAACCCGUCGUCCAAGUCGGCACAUCGGGCGCGACCGGCCGCGUCGAGUGGUCCAACACCAUCGUCAGCACGCGCGGCGCGCAGGCCGGUGCCAUUCUGAUCGAGUACAACCUCGCCUCGCCCGCCGGCUUGCCCUCAGGCAUGUGGGAAGUGCACACGCGCAUCGGCGGGUUUGCCGGUUCCGACCUGCAGCUCCCUCAGUGUGCAAAGACCCCCAACACAACCAUCACGGCCGAAAACCUCGCGAGUGACUGCAUCGCCGCCUUCUCGAGCAUGCACAUCACGUCGUCGGCCAAGUCCCUGUACAUGGAGAACUGCUGGCUGUGGGUGGCGGACCACGACGUCGAGGAGGGCGCCGACAAUCAGCAAAUCACCGUCUACGCCGGACGGGGGCUGCUGGUGCAGGGCUCGGCUGGCCCCCUGUGGCUGGUCGGCACGGGCGUCGAGCAUCACCAGCUGUACGAGUACCAGUUUGUCGACUCGCAGAACGUGUUUAUGGGCCAGAUCCAGACCGAGACGGCCUACUACCAGCCCAACCCGGACGCAUCCAUUCCGUUUGCGGCCGUGGCUGAGUUGAGCGACCCGGUGUUUGAGGCUGGUGAAUCCGGCUGGGCGCUCAGGGUGGUGGAUAGUACCGGGCUGUAUGUGUAUGGUGCGGGGCUGUACAGCUUCUUUGACAAUUAUGAUGUCUCGUGCAGCCAGAUUGGUCAGGGCGCGAGGUGUCAGAAGAGAGGGUUCAGUGUGGAGGGGAAGAGUGAGGUGAGGGUGUAUAAUCUGAAUACGGUGGGGACUAAUAAGAUGGUCACGGUGGACGGGGUGGAUGUGGUUAACUAUGAGGAUAAUAUUGAUGGGUUUGUGCACAGUGUUGCGCUGUUUGGGACGGCGGAGGAAUAGGAGGUUUCUUUGUUGGUGGAUGGUGGUUUUUGGAUAGGUCCAGUUGGUUAGGUAGGUGGACGGCGGCUACUUGGGUAUCUAUAAUCCGAUCUGAUGAUGAAGAGAUGACUACGCUGUCUAUGAGUAGUCUGUUUUCGGGUCUGGAAGGGCUAUUUAUUUCUCUUGUAUACAUACAGUUGUAUUACGUAGGUAUAAUCUUUCAUACCAUUUACCUGUCAUUGAUCCAAUUUCUCUUGUUUAAUAUACUAGAGGCCAUAUAUACCUUAGUUAACCG